UGAUAUAAUUGAAAUAUCGUUGUAUUCGCCCCUAGGCUGAGGAAGAAUUCGCUAAGGCGCAAAAGCCCUGGGCCGAGGCAUACGGAAAAGUACAGCGUGCGAAAAGAAACUACCAUUCUGCAUGUAAAUCAUACAAUAACGCCACCCAAGCAGUUAGCGCAGCGACAAAAGACGACAAUAUCCCUGCGGAGAAAAUACGAAAGCUUGAGGAUACGGCAAAUAAAAGCGAAAACAGUAUGGCAAAGAUGAGGAAAAAGUACGAGGAGAAACUGGCGCGGAUAGAGCCACUAAACACUGCGUAUGAGCACGAAAUGAUAAAAAUAUUCGAUAAAUGUCAACGUAUGGAGGAAAGAAAGUUGCACUUUCUUCAGGAAAUGCUUGUGGAAUAUCACAAGAGUCUCAACGUAACUGACGACUCACGGUUGAGUGAUAUACUGAAAGACCAGCUACAGUCAGCCUACAAUGCGAACGUCAAGCACGACCUUGGCUGGUGGUCGGAGAAUCAUGGCGCUGAUAUGCCGAAAAACUGGCCACGAUUUGAGGAACCAGGUGAAUCAUCUACAUCAGGGUAUAAUGACAUCGAUGUGAAUGAAAGUGACCCAUAUAACACUUAUCAAGUGCCUCCGAAACGUAGCUCAGUUUCCCCCGUCACUUCAUCGCCAACCAACGGUGUCGACAACCCAUUUGUGACAGAUCCAGGUGGUAAUAGAUCGGACGACGAAUGGGAUGAUCCCCCACCAUCUGAAGAUAUUAUAGGCGUUCCAGUCCGCGCAUUAUACGUGUACAAUGCAGUUGAAGAUGAUGAAUUGUCUUUCAAGGCAGGGGAUGUGUUUACCAAACUCAGUGAAGAGGACGCUCAAGGGUGGUGCAGGGGUCGUUUUAACGGAAAAGAGGGUCUAUACCCUGCUAAUUAUGUUCAGUUAGUGUGAGUUGCUGUGGCUGAAGUUAUAUCCUGAUUUGUAACCCCGUUCACCCCUCUUAUCGCCCCUCCAGUACCUCCACAUAUCAUUAAAACUUUCUAUAGGUAAACUUUCGACAAAUUUCAAAUCUUAUUUUAAAGUCAAUGUCGAUGAGUUUUCACAGAGAGUAGAGUGAGUAUUUUGUAUUGUUAACAAAAAGUUUGAGGAUGAGUCUCUAGCACACUGGGUCUGUGUUGAAUCUUGCGUCAUAUCAGGAGCGUAAUGCAUGAUAAUUGCCAGUUUUGGUCUAUUUACUCGUUAAGAGGAACUAGAUAUUAAUCGAACACGUUUAUAUUCAUGAAUUUGUAGUAGAAACUUAGAAUUAAUUAAGAUGCUGUUAUAGUUGCCAACCAACUUUUAUAGUAAUUGUGGCGCUUGGGUCGGCUUGCCAUCGCAGCAAUUUUUUGUUUUUAGUUGCCGUUGUGCUUUUCGCUCCAUUAUUCCUCGGAAAUGUUAAUAUUCCCUCGGAAGCGUCAUCAGCACGAUGCAUUUUAACUCCAUAGUUUCUUAAUUGAAGGUUUGUUAAUGUUAAAAUUGAUCUUUGUAUUCUAUUUUUGAUCGUUGUUUUGCAUGUUUUUGUUCUUCUGGUCGCUCUAUUUAUCAUUUUUGUUUUAUGUCUUCGUGUUGUUAUUGUGGAUUUUCUGAUCACUGAUCUAAAAAAAGACUGGAUCGAACACCUUAUUGUUCUAGUACAUCAGUGCGCGAGGAAAAGAUCGAGUCUCUCUAUGUUGGGGCAUCUCGCGCCUAAAGUUUAGGGCUGCUACGGGUUAGAACGAUACACACACAGUGCUGUGCUUUUAAUUCUUCAUGAACUAUCGAGUUCUUAAAUAAUCUAAGUAGCAACAGGCCUAGGAGAAUUAGUGAACAGUGGAUUCUCUCUCACAUAAACUAAUUACCACGUCAAGCAUUUUUAAAGUCACUUACGAAUGCCGUAAUUUCUUGUUUCGAUGGUUAUUUUGAAUUUUGCUAUGAAAAAGCAAGUUGAACUAAAACCAACAUGAAUUCUCUCUAGUCCCAAGCAACACGGCAAGGUCCAAACGUGGACGCUGCAAUGUGGAAUCAACGCUGGGCUGGAGAAGCUCGAUCCAGUUUUUUUUAGAUCAGUGGUUCUUACCUUGUUGUUGUUGUUGCUGUUGUUCCAACCGUUGUUGUUGCUGUCGUUGAAGAUGUUGUUGUCGAUGUUGCCACUGUUGUUGUUGUUGUUAGUUUUAUAGCAGUCGCACUAAUAGUCUAUUUAGAAUAUGGAGCUUUUGAAUUGUUUUGUAAGUCGUCUCGAUAAUGGUACGAAAUUAA